UAUGAACAAACAUCGAUUACGACGAUUACGAGUAACGAGAAACUAACAUUUUGUACAUUUCGUAGAGAAAAAACUCAUUAUUUUCGUCACCACGUCGCUGUACAUAUUUUUUUGUUAUUUUUUUUAAAUUAAACAAUAACUAAGAGGCCAGCGCUAGUGCGCGAGUGAGAGCGAUAGUAAGUGGGCCGCGAAGGAGAGCGUGAAAAACUGCCAAAUCCAAUUGGAAUUGGACCAGGAAACUAAUUAGAACGCGCUCAACAAACAUCAACAAUGGCUCUGGACAGUGGGACGCAAACAAACGCGCUGACAUCAUCCUUGACCACAAAGAAAAAGGAUGCCUCUGCCGAAAAGGAGAACCUCUGGUCGGCGAUAUUGAAUGAAGUACAAACACAGGGCAGCACAAAACUUCCAUCAAAUAAAUCUGUACUAGUAUUAGGCGAUAAUGCCACCGGCAAGACGACACUGAUUGCCAAGCUCCAGGGCGUUGAGGAUCCCAAAAAGGGCUCCGGCCUGGAAUAUGCCUACAUCGAUGUCAAGGAUGAGUACAGAGACGACAUGACGCGUUUGAGCGUUUGGGUCCUGGACGGCGAUCCAGGACACACAAACCUCCUGCACUAUGCGCUCAAUGAAACGAACUAUGCACACACACUCGUCAUCCUCACCGUCUCGAUGACGCAGCCGUGGGGCUGGCUGGAGCAGUUGAAUCAAUGGAUCAAGGUUCUCGGCCAGCAUAUCGAAACCCUACAGCUGGACGCCAAGGAGAAGGAGGCGGCCCGCCAGCGACUGGCCACCACGUGGCAGAGUUAUUGCGAGGUGGGCGACGAUCUGGAUCCUGGAUCGCCGGUGAAGCGCACAAUGCGCAACAACUCGAUCGACGAGGAUGAUCUACUGCCGCUGACGGAGGACGCACUAAUUACAAAUCUGGGCCUCGACAUCGUUGUGGUGGUCACAAAGACGGACUACAUGACCACGCUGGAAAAGGAGUACGAGUAUCGGGAUGAGCACUUCGACUUUAUCCAGCAGUGGAUACGAAACUUCUGCCUGCGGCACGGCACCUCGCUAUUCUACACGAGCGUUAAAGAAGACAAAAACUGUGAUCUCCUCUACAAAUAUCUGACGCAUCGAAUUUAUGGUCUGCCAUUCCGUACGCCAGCGCUAGUCGUUGAAAAAGAUGCUGUACUCAUUCCGGCUGGCUGGGAUAGCUUGAAAAAGAUUAGUAUUUUGUAUGAGAACAUGCACGGAGUGAAGGCCGACAAUGUCUACUCAGAUAUCAUCAAAGCGCCGCCAACUAGAAAGGCGGUCUCCAACCGAGAGACGGAAGUACAGACGGAGGACGAACAGGCUUUCCUGGCCCGCCAGCAGGAGAUCCUCAAGCAGGGCGAUCAGGUCCGAGGCGAGUCCCCGCUGCGGUCGCAGGCUGGAGGCGUGGGCACCAACAAGAGUGGAACUCGCACAUCCGUAGCCACCGGCCAGAGUUCACCCAAGAAGAUGGAUCCUAAACUGACGCCUGCCACGCCCGGGGGUGAGGGGGUGCUGGCCAACUUCUUCAACUCGCUGCUGCACAAAAAGUCGGGCAGUCCGGCGAGCGGUGGACCCGGAGGCCCUGGCAGUCCGGCGGGAGCUGCUCGCACUGCCAACGGCACUGACGCAAUGACGCCCGAGAAGCUCGCCGUCCGCACGGACGCCGCCGCCGAACUGGAUCGUCUGUCGCGGAGCGUGAAGAAGGAGAUCGACAUGUCGCAGAGUGAGUGUUGAGCGGGAGGAGCUAAACGACACUCAACAACAACACAACAGCCACACCUGCAACAUCGACACGUAUAAUAGAGAAAAAACCACAGCAAACAGAACCAGAACAACAUAAACGAUAAAUUUUAAUUAAGUAAAAAGUGAAUAGCAGAGACUCGUUGAAAACAACUCGCGAACUGCUAUAGCAGUGUAGCUGAAGGAUCUUAGCUGAAGGAGGAAAUUUAAGCACAUCCCCGUCGGGACCAUUCUGAAUGGCCCUGAAGGUGUCCGUUUUCGGCAAUUUAUUUUAAUCAUUUAAGAGGGAAAACCUUAUAGUCAAAAAUAUUGGUCAAAUCCAAAUGGUACAUUCAAAUUGUAAAAUUUUGUAUAAGCUUAAAGAAAGAACCAAUUGUGUAUGAGGUUUAAGGAUAAAAUUGAGUAAUUGUAAAUGAAAAUAUUUAAGCAAAA